AUGAUCUCAUUGACACGUCUGAACAAUCUACGCGAUGAUCUCAUUGACGUGUGCAAAAACAAGGGACAGAUUUAUCACUGGCGAAACGAGGAUUCUGCGAGAACAUUUCUUUUCACCCUCCACCGAGAUCAUUUCAAUGCUGAAGCUGUGAAAGUAUGCUUCUCGCUAAAAACAGCGUUACUUUGUAAAAAGUUGGCCUGCUCAUUUUUCCUCUCCCAUCCAAAUUUAUUUCUGAAUUUAACAGCAUUCGACUAUAACAUAUUUUACGUUUUUAUGCAGCUGCUGGCAUACGAUCGACCGGACUGGAGGCUAGUAGCAGCCGAGUGUAUCGCUUGUUUUUUGGAAUGGAACAAACCGAAGUGUGUGCGCACGAUUUGGAAACCACCUAAAAAAGUCGAUUUUGAUUUGGCUGUGAAUUUCGGAAACUUUUUUUUCAGAUUUCUUUUCAGGAUUUUUUGA